AUGUCCUUUCAGCGUUCUACUACACAUACCAGUAUUCUUGCCUUGACUGCUGUGAUGAUGAUAAUUCUAACACUGUCAUUAACAAGCCAGAACGGAGGAGGAGUUGAUGCCUUUGUUUCUUCUCCUCAUUCUGCUGCUGUUCGUUCCACGUUUACUACUCCUUCCUUCCAAUGCAAAUCCAAAUCCCCCGUUUCUUCUUCUUCUUGUUCUCCUUCCUCCUCCCAAUUGAACUUCUUUUCAGGAUACGAAAUGGGUGGAACGGAUGCUGUGAACAAUGAACGCAAGAAUAAGAGUGGAAAUACUGGUAGAACUACUAGUAAGAACAACAAGGACGAGGCUGCCAAUACUGCUGGAUCAUUGGAUGAAACAGAAGACCCUCUCUUCCUUGCCAGUCUCAUCACCAAGGGAAUCAUCAUUCUAAUCAUCAAGACGGCAAAGGACAUUGUCAAUUAUCCACCGAAUCUAUUGGAUCAAUACAAUCGUUAUCAGCAAAUGCGCAAUCAAGAGAUUGCCAACAACAAUAGCAACAUUCAACUUCAACAACAACAAGCAGAAGAAAAAGAAAAAGAAAAAGAAUUGGAGGACCCUGCCAUGGUCAUGUCAGCAAAAAUGGAACCAACUGAGUCUGACACUGACACUACAACAACUUCUACUCCUACUACUGCUACUACUACUACUCCUUCUCCAUAUAUGCCACUUCCCAUUGAACUCACCAAGACCAAUCCAUUCAUUCUAUUGGCCAAGUUUGUGGGUGUCUUGACCUACAAGACCAUGCACGAUGCCAUUUAUUAUCCAGCUCUAUGGAUCAAUGAUUUUCUUCAUCCACCGCACAACGAUGAUGAUGCGUAUUAUUACUAUUAA